AUGCCUGGCACUCCCUUCUGCUGGCCUGGCAGCGGGGCCUGUAACCUUGGUGAGCAGAGGUCAGGGACCCAGCAGCACGAGGAGUGCUCAGCCAAGGAAGCACCGGGCAAGAUGAUUUGGGAAGUUCAAGGAGAGCAGACGAAAAGAAGGACCACGUGGGUACAGACCCUUCAGGAAACUCCAUCUGCAGACCAGUGUCUGAAGCACUUGCUGGGGGCAGUGAGGGACCAAGAUAAGAGUUCACUGAUGGAUGAAGGGUCUGACCACCAAGGCCAUGCCAGCUCUGGGACGUGGGCUCUGCACCAAGCCCCAAGGCUGCCGACGUCAGACAAGUCGAAGCACUGCGGUGGUGACCCGCAUGCCUGCAGUGACGAGCAGAGGGGCCAGGUUCACCGUGGGGAGGACAGGCCUGUCUGA